AUGUUGAUGCACGAGAAACUUAUGGCCGGGCAGUUCUUCGAUCUCAAGACUGAUCGCAAGCCCCUGAUGCACCACCAUCAGUUCCAGCAACAUCACCAGCAGCAGCAGCAGCAACAACAGCAGCAUGCCCAGCAGCAGCAGCAUCAUCACCACCAAUCCCUGGGUCAGCCACUGCACCAUCACCAGGCCCAGCUGGGUUUGCCCCAUGCCGUUGGCCUGCCCAAGAUGGAUCUCUAUGCAGCCUAUGCCUACCAGCAGCAAUUGCUGGGUGCUGCUCUCAGCCAGCAGCAGCAGCAGCAGCGGGAACGAGAGCAACAGCCGGCUCCUGCCGAGGUCCUGGAUCUCUCCCGUCGCUGCGACAGUGUGGAGACACCCAGGAAGACCCCAUCACCCUACCAGACAAGCUACAGCUAUGGCAGUGGCUCACCCUCAACCUCGCCCACCUCCAGCCUGAUGUAUCUCCAGCAGCAGCAGCAGCAGCAACAGCAGCAGCAGCAACUGGCCUCCCUGUAUCCCGGCUUCUACUACGGCAACAUCAAGCAGGAGCAGCAGCAGCAACAGAUCCAAAUCCCCAAGGAGCAGUCUGCUCCACUAAAGGUCACACCCACGGCCAGUUUGCUGCAGACCUUUGCCGCCGCCGCUGCAGCAGCUGCCUCCAAUCCUCGCCCGGCUAGCAAUGCCAGCCAUGCCAGCACCAUGCAGAUUGAUGUGCUCGAGAAUCCCCAGUCGCCGCCCAGCUCUAACCCUUCGUCCUGUGUACCAGCCACCACCCCGACCAGCUCCAGCUCCAGUUCCCAGCAACCUGGUGAUGCGGGCAAGAGCACGCGUCCCUUCAAGGCCUUCCCCCGGGAUCCUCUGGUGAUUGCUGCCAACUUCGCGGCCACCGAUGUCCUGCUGGACAAUCCUCGUGUGGAACGCUAUACCGAGUAUCGUAAGCGGGUGCUGGAGCAGAUUCGCAGCUCCAAUGGCGGUGCUCGCACGGUGACCAACCCCAAGAUGAGGAGGACCAACUCACGCAGCGGCUCUGUCAAUGAGGGCAGCUCCUCGAACAACAACAGCGAGAGCGAGGAUCGAGCAGCGGCCGAGGAGUCCAGCGACUGCGACUCGCAGGCUGGCCACUUCGAGGGCAAGUCAUCAUCAUCCAUCUCCUCCGCCACAAAUGCCAAUGGCUCGACGAACUCGGCCAUCGCUGGUAGCCACUGCUCAGCCUCGUCUUCGUCCUCCUCCGGCGGACUGGGCGUGGGCCAGGUGAAGGAUGCUGCCUACUAUGAGAGGCGGCGCAAGAAUAAUGCCGCCGCCAAGAAGUCGAGGGAUCGUCGCCGCAUCAAGGAGGACGAGAUUGCCAUCCGGGCUGCCUAUCUGGAGCGCCAGAAUAUUGAGCUGCUCUGCCAGAUCGACGCCCUGAAGGCACAGCUAGCGGCCUUCACCGCCAAGGUGGCCUAG